GGUCUUGGGAGGUGGCAGCACCCCAGCCCCACUGAAGAGUCACAGUCCCCUGAAGUAGGACAGGGGCUGCCUGGCAGAGGACACUGCUUGUGGAGUGGCCCUCCCUGCCGGGCCAGCUCUCACUGUCAGGCCUGUGCUUCCGGGUGAUACGGCCCUCGCAGUGACACAAACCGUCUGCUUCCCCAGGAUGAGUCUGCUGAUCUUCAGUGACGAAAAUGUUACUGAUGACAAAAGUGCAGAAAACUGUAACUUCCUGUUUUCACCACCGGAACUUAGCAGAAGAUCGCCUGUUCUCCGUCUGUCACAGAAAGAAAAUGUGCCACCCAAGAACAUAGCCAGAGCUAUGAAGGUGACUUUUCAGACACCUCUGCGGGAUCCCCAGACACACAAGAUUUUAAGUCCCAGCAUGAGCAGCAAACUUGAGGCUUGUUUUGCUCUGGGUGACACCAAUGGAUUAGAAAACUCUCCUCGCAUCUGGACCCAAAAAGAGAACCAACAGUUCACCCAGGAAGUGGACACCAAAGCAACAGACGGAAUCCUGCAGAAACCUGCAGUGGCUGACACCCACGCCCCUCCAGAGCUCGUGAGACCAGCCUCUGACGACGGGCCCACCUCCACUCCCCAGGGAUGCCUGGACCCCUCAAGCUGUCCGCAGACCCCGGCGAGUCUUAAAAACCAGCUGGCAUCUCCACACGGGAUGUCUGAUGGCCCUGGGCAAGGUCUGCAGGAAAACCCUAGUUCUUAUUCCCUGGAGAAAACCACGACAUCCACCUCUGAAGUUCUAGAUCCUCCCAGGAUCACAUCCCCAGACAGAACAGAGGACCCUCACAGAGCCUCAGGAGAAAGCUCAAACAGACCCCCUGCCUCCUCAGCUGGGGCCACUUCACCCCCUGGUACUUGCCCCACAGUAGCCCUCAGAGAAGACCCCCUCGCAGACCUGCCUGGGGCCCUGGCCAGCCCUGAGGAUACAUCUGGUCCUGAGAACACUGCCCCAGCAGGCCCUCUGAAGGCUGGAGGGGCAACAGCCCCAAGUCCUUGGAAAGAAGAGACCAGCUGCCAAACAGCCAACUCUUCGAGGAAUGGUCCCAUAAGGCUAGAAUUUGACUUUUCUGAUGUUGCUGCCAGCAAAAAGCCACCCCCACCAAGGAAACUGGGGAAGAGACCACAGGUGAGGCAGGAAAAGGCCCCCAAGGAGGCAGAGGAGGGUUCUGUUCCUCCUACCCGGGGCUCCUACGACCUGGACUGGGACAAGCUUGAUGACCCAAACUUCAACCCAUUCGGAGGCAGUGGGGAGGCCUGUUCCCCAGAAUGUCCUCAGAGCAGGCCGGCAGGGCCUGGGGCCGCAGGGGACUCUUCUCCGAGCAAGCAGGUGCCUCCAGCCUCAGCAGAUGGCACACCUGUGCUGCAGACCACAGCAGGAGCCUUGGGACCGGUGGGCCAGGAGGGAACCGUGACUUCUUCAGAGCCAGGGGCUCCCCCCAGCAGUCUGGGCAAUGAGCCCACAACCUCACCUGCUGACCCAGCACACCCUGCUGUGCAGGGGCCAGAGUCUACCUCGGACCUGAGUGAGGAGCUUUUCAGAGACCCAGCUGAGGUUCUAGGCACAGUGGCCGACGUGGACUACCUGGAGCAGUUUGGGACAUCCCAGUUUAAGGAGUCAGCCCUGAGGAAGCAGUCAUUGUACCUCAAGUUUGACCCGCUCCUGAAGGACAGUCCUGAGAGACUGGCCCCUGUGGCCCCCAAGACCAGCAGUGCGCAGGACAUUGACGUACCUUCCUUGGGAGGCCCACCUGAGGCCACGCUGGUGGACUUGGACUUCCUGGGAACACCGGACCUUCCUGUGCCGGACCCACCUCCAUGUGUCCUCGGGCCCGGGGGCCUCAUCGUGGAUGUGCUGCAGUACAGCCAGAAGGACCUGGACGCAGCGGUGGAGGCAGCGCAGAAGGAGGUCCUGCAGCUGAGGAGCAGGUGUGAGGAGCUGCACCAGAAGAACCUGGAGAUGGGGAAGGUCAUGGACGGGUACGAGAGCUUCAUGUACCAGGCAAUGGAGGAGGCUCAGAAACAGCAGGACCUUGCCAAAGCCGAGAUCCAGAAGGUUCUGAAAGAAAAGGAGCAGCUGACUGCGGAUCUGAACUCCAUGGAAAAGUCAUUCUCUGACCUCUUCAAGCGGUUUGAGAAGCAGAGGGAGGCGAUCGAAGGCUAUCGUACGAAUGAAGAGUCCCUGAAGAAGUGUGUUGAGGGCUACAUUGUCAGAAUCCAGAAGGAAGGCCAGAGGUACCAGGCGCUGAAGGCCCAUGCGGAGGAGAAACUCCAGCUGGCCAACGAGGAGAUUGCCCAAGUCCGGAGCAAGGCCCAGGCGGAGGCAAUGGCCUUCCAGGCGAGCCUGAGGAAGGAGCAGAUGCGUGUCCACUCGCUGGAGAAGACCGUGGAGCAAAAGACUAAAGAAAAUGACGAGCUGACCAGGAUCUGUGACGACCUCAUUUCCAAGAUGGAGAAGAUCUGACGUGGGGUCCCCGCCUGUGCCCACCUGCCCUCCUGUCUGUCUGUCUGCCUGUUAGGUUGCAUGUUUUUCCUUCUCUCCUAAUUUCAGCUUAUUUUUAAACUAGGUUGCUUUAGAAACAAGACUAAAUAAAGUUUCCUUUGAGUUCAGUGCUGAAGUCGCUCUGUUGAUGAAAA